AUGGUGAAACAAGCUGGUGUAUCGGAUAUAACCUAUAAAACCAUAAUAUUCUUGGUAUGUGUUUGUUUAGCAGCAGAAGAAGGGAAGUGCCCCGAUGAUCACGGUAAACAAGCUGAAACCUGCAUGUCCAAAUCAGGACUAGCACCAUUAGGAGGAAGUUUGCAUAAAUUCAUCACCGAUCCCAAGGAAGCUAAAGAGUUGUGCGAUUCGGGUAAAUUCCAGAGAGCUGUUGAAUGCUUAGAUAAGAUUUAUACUGCGUGUGCCUCACAAGAUCAAGCCAUGCAGGAACUGAGUUUAACAGUCAAUCCAGAUGGCUGGAGGAAGGCCGCCAAGAAACUUUGUGAUAACGUCAACGUUCUAGAAUCUAACUCAGUUUGUAUUACUAAAGAUGUGGAAGAGACCAACAUGUGUGUUGAUGCCAAGGUCGCGGCGUUUGGAGGUGAAAAACAAUCCAAAAUAUUGACAACAGGUCAGGCGCUUAAUGCACAGACUCUGAUGGGAAUAGCCUGCACAUACGCCAAUCAAAUACUGGGCUGUGUGAAGAAACCAAUGACAAAGAACUGUCCUAGUAAUGUUUCUAGACUAGUCACGGACGUCCUGCAACUUCUUCUACCUCCAGCAUGUCAACCACCAACAAUGCCAAAAACGGCGGGAAAAGAUCAAGGUUAUCAGACGGUAACUGUAAAGGGAGAUAAUUCAGCUAUGACUAUGAAAUCGUUUACAAUUUAUAGCAUCUUUACUUUAAUUUCACUACAUUUUGUGUUAUAAACUUGUUUUCACCUAGUCACAUGAACCCUCUACUUGCAUUCCAUACCUCGUACCAAACUCUAGCCACAGAAUGACUACAUCUAUUACUAGUCUGGUGUUUGGCCUUCUUAUAUUAUUGUUAAAUUCAUUCAGGGUUUCAACAAAUUCAAUAAUAUUUUGGUUAAUUCUAUUUCUAUUGUCGGUUUACUACUUACAAAAAAUAGCUCCGCAUCUAUUUGUGAACACUGUAUAAUUAUUGUAAGUUGUAUUUAAUAUAACGAUAUAUAGUUUCCAAAAUCAGGAUGGUUUGUUGGUGAAAGCAAGGUUCAUAUUGCAAAUUACGUCAUCCAUUGAUAAGAUGGCAACGUCAUGUGAAUGAAUGUGUUUUUUUAUAGUUAGCAUCAAUUAUGACAAAUUUGACACUCUUGGUCGAAAUGCGACAGACCACGAUUUGAAGAAGACUGUAGACAGAUCAUAAUGAAAUAUUAUUAUAGUAAAGCGGUAUUUCAGUAGAAGAUAGUAUAGUGGUAUUUCAGUGGGAGGUAGUAAAGAUGUAGAUACUAAAAGGAGCAUUCUGCUUUUUUCAAUCUGUUUUGUGGUUUCGAAAUACAUUAAACUGCAUGCCAACAUAUAGAGGAAGAUACCCUUCCCUUUCGUGAAAGUUUUAACUUAAAAUAUCCAAGCGUUAAGUCACAAACAGCUACAAAAGUCUUAACCGCUUACGUAAGUAUUUUGUAUUCCCCGGGCUCCAAUUUUACUGUACUAGUAUAUGUGUGAUUAUUAGGAAUGAAUUCUGAUUCGACCACUAAUUCUUAAUAACCAAUCAGCAGCGAAUUUACAAACAUACCUCCGAGAGCGAAGUUUGAAAUUGUUUAAAUUUUGCCAUGUCAACGACUAGAAACUAUACAAAGGAAAUACAUAUAAUUUGACGCAAAAAAGCCCACUUUACGCGUUGAAAUUAAAACAGAAUGACUCUUUAACUUACUAUACUGAUAAUUUAUUGACUUGAUCAUUUGUCUUUCAUAGUGAUGACUUUUAAACGAUGGAACAGGCGUGGCAACCACACAUAUUUGUUUCAUUUCGUUUCUAAUAUGGUUGUCACAAAUAUGCUUUUUCCAGUAAUUUUGUGAAUGUUAUAAACUCUUUAGAUAUUGUAAUGUUGCUUGUCGGUAUUCUAUAGCGCAUGUAUACUGUAUUUUCUUACACUUUUUGUAAAAUGAUAUUUACAUGUUUAAUCUGGACGAAUAUAAACUAUUAGAUACACUGUAUAGUGGUAAACGACAUUUCGCUCAUUUAUUAUGUUAUUUUAUAUUCGACAAUAAUAACAAACGAUUUAUAAUCGUGUUAUCAAUUAUGAAUGAUUUAUGAUGACUAUUUUGUAUUUACUGUUAUGAUUUGUCAAACGCAAUGUUAUGUUCCGUUCAAAAGUCGAUGAAUGCCCGUUGCCGACUGUAUUGAAUUCUAGGAUGUAAACUGUAAUACAACUCUUCCCUAUUUCAGCAACGAAUGAUUUGUAAAAUUAAUAACUUCGACAGUUCACGUUUAGAACAAUGACUUAUUCUUCCUAAAACAUUGAAAUAUUAUUAUUUCCAUACUUUUAAAUCGCAUAUUCGAAGAUAGAAAGAACUUUUAUAGUAUUUUACAUCUAGAUGUACAUCUAUAUUAUACAAUCGCUUAAUAGUAUGUAGCUAGAUUAUGUUUUUAUCAUUGAUAUUUGGUGUGAUUAUUGUAAAUGGUAAGGUAUAGGCCAUCUUCACAAUGCCAAGGUAUUACAAACUUCAUAUGAUACUCUGGGUGCAAAAGUGACCGUCACUGUAUCGCGCAAGUUUGUAAAUGAUGCGAUUUGAUUGGAUUGUAAGAGUACAAUGUUAUACAACCAAUCAGAGCCCUCGACAAAAAGACUAUAAACAUUAUAGCUUAUUGUUUAUAGACUUUCGAGGCCUCUGGUUGGUUGUAUUCUCUGAUAUAAUCCUAUGAAAUUGUUGCUGUUGCAAACUUCCGUAAUACAGUUAAGGUAUUAGAGAUAGUUCGUAAUUGAUUGGCAUUGUGCAGAUGAAGAUAGGCUCAUGGACCAAUAACCCGAAUUUAAGAGUUGUAUCAGUCAUCGUUUUUAUGAAAUAUUAUAACAUUAAAACUAAGAGAAUGAAGGGUAGUGUAUGAUGUUUUUUUUUAUAGCGGUAAGAACUGACAUUACUAUACAUAUUAAUUAAUCAAUAUGCUAUGAAUUCUAAAUAUUUCAUAAUGACGCAACUAAUAACGAGUCUGGUUGAUUGAAAGAAUGCGGCAUAUGAUAGAUUCAUACGGAUGUUUUUAAGCUUGUGAGAUUUGUUUUGUUGAUUAUUCUAUUUAAUCAAAAACUAAUUUUGUUUAACAAGAAUCUAGUACACAGUCCAUGUUGUGAUAAUUUGUAAUAAACUUUUCUUUUAUUGUUUUAAGAAAUAAAAAAACUAAUUUUG